GAUGAAGGCUUUGCUUGAGAUUAAACGGAAGUGGAAGCACACUUGUAAACAGAUCAGUAGCGAAGCAGCAGCCGCAUCCAUCUUUUACGCCAGAGAAGUCCGAAUUCACGCUGUCAACAUGGGGGCCGUUUUAGGGCUUUGCUCCAUGGCAAGCUGGAUCCCCUGUCUGUGUGGCAGCGCCCCCUGUCUGCUGUGCAGGUGCUGCCCCAGUGGCAACAACUCCACCGUCACCCGGCUCAUCUACGCCUUCUUCAUGCUGCUGGGGGUGGCCAUCGCCUGCAUCAUGCUCAUGCCUGGCAUGGAGGGGCAGCUGAAAAAGAUACCGGGCUUUUGUGAUGGAGGAAUGGGCACCUCUAUCCCAGGAGUGGAGGGCCAUGUGAACUGCGAUGUGCUGGUUGGCUACAAGGCGGUGUACCGGGUGUGUUUUGGUAUGGCCAUGUUCUUCCUGCUCUUCUCCCUCAUCACCAUCAAGGUCAGGAGCAGCCAGGAUCCCCGCGCGGCCCUACACAAUGGGUUUUGGUUCUUCAAGUUUGCCAUUGCCACCGCCAUUACCAUUGGAGCAUUUUUCAUCCCUGAGGGUCCAUUCACUAUUGUCUGGUUCUACGUGGGCAUGGCCGGAGCCUUCUGUUUCAUCCUCAUCCAGCUGGUGCUGCUGAUUGACUUUGCCCACUCCUGGAACGAGUCCUGGGUGGAGAAGAUGGAGGAGGGGAACUCGCGCUGCUGGUAUGCAGCCCUUCUCUCUGCUACUGCCAUGAACUACGUCCUUUCGUUGAUCUCCUUGGUCAUGUUCUAUGUGUACUACACUCACACUGAUGGCUGCGCUGAGAACAAGACCUUCAUCAGUAUCAACAUGCUGUUCUGUGUGGGAGUGUCAGUCUUGUCCAUCCUGCCCAAGAUCCAGGAGGCCCAACCCAGGUCUGGUCUGCUGCAGUCCUCCCUCGUCACCCUCUACACCAUGUACCUGACCUGGUCUGCCAUGACCAAUGAGCCUGACAGGAACUGCAACCCGAGCCUCCUUGGCAUCAUCGGCCUCAACAGCACUACCCCUGCUGGCCAGGACCACGUGGUCCAGUGGUGGGAUGCACAGGGCGUUGUGGGGUUGAUCCUCUUCCUGAUGUGUGUCUUGUACUCCAGCAUCCGCAACUCCUCCAACACCCAAGUGAACAAGCUGACGCUGACCAGCGACGAGUCGGCCCUGAUCGAGGACGGGCCUUCCCUCCCAGAGAGCUUUGAGGAGGGAGAUGGCGUGAACCGCGCCGUGGACAACGAGAGGGAUGGCGUCACCUACAGUUACUCCUUUUUCCACUUCAUGCUGUUCCUGGCUUCACUCUACAUCAUGAUGACUCUCACCAACUGGUACAGCCCUGACGCCAACUACGAGACCAUGACCAGCAAGUGGCCGUCCGUGUGGGUGAAGAUCUCCUCCAGCUGGAUCUGCAUCGCCCUGUACGUCUGGACCCUGGUGGCCCCUCUGGUCCUCACCAACCGCGACUUUGACUGAUCAAAGGCCGCUCUUGCCAACAUCAUCAAACGCAUCCCACGAGCCGCCUCAAGUCAACCCCAACCCCCCCCCCCGUCACUGUUGUGAAUAAGCAGCUGCGUGUCAUUAGCCAAGGGGCAUGACCCUUAAACUUGUAAAUACAGUAUUGUGUGCGUGCAUUCCCAGCAGCUGUCUACCCCAUUAACCCCCAAAAAAAAUAGUCUCUUUUAACAACUGCAUGUUUUAUCAAAUGUAGUGCUGUUUUUUGUGUGUUUUGAUCAAAGCGAUAAGGUCAAAUAUGAAGUCAAGGGUUGCAGAGAUUUUUGGAAAACAAAGGGGAAUUUGUGUGCAGACUAAGUUUGAUCUCCAGCAAAAGGUUUGAUAUGAAGCUAAAAAAUGUCUUGGCAAGAAGGGGACAGUGUAUUUUAUUUUCUCAGGCAGAAAUGGUUCAUUUUUAGCUAAAGCAAUUAUCUCAAAAUGAGGGAAUUAAGGACUUAAGAAUGGUUAGAAUGUGUAUUUGAUUACUAAUUUCUCUCCUCCUUAUUUAAUUACCUUUACAGUAUGGGUUGUAGAAAUGUGACUGCUCUUUGUAUAGUAUCUGGGUAGAUUCUAUUAAUUUAUGAAGAGCAAUCUGUUGUAUUUCUGCGUUAGAAGUUAGCAUGAGUAACUUCUCUGACAUGGCAUUAGCAUGUAACCGCUACCACUGCAUACACAAGUAGUCGUUUUGCUGUGCUUAUUUUAUCAUUUCACACCAAAAACAAACGGGAGAUUUUUGGGAGUGGGGGGUCUUUUGACCGAGAUGAUGUCACAGUGCUAACCAUUUUGCAACUUGCACAGGUUAGAUGUGUGCUACCAAUGACUUAUUUUAUUUAACUAUUGAAAAUGUUUUUUGUUAAUGUUUUGCACUGGAACAGAAAUUCCUACUUAGUUUUUUGUGAUAGCCUACGUAGCAUUAGGAUGCUUCUCGUCUACCUACUACUAUGUGUGCCCUCGUGUUCUUGCAAGUGGGCAGGUACAAGUGUUAGUCAGCUCAUCCGUUAACUGCUUGUUCCUCAGAAUUGUGAUUUUUGCUUUUUAUUAAGUGCGUUGUAUUGUAUCUUCAAUAAACAGGG